CGGCCGUUAUUAAAAAUUUUUACAUUUUAUUAAUUGCAUUAAUUAUCGUUUCGCCAAAGUGGUAGCGUUUUUAUUGAACGAGUUUCGGGCGUAGGACAAUUAAUUUUACCUUGAUUAGUAUUCAGAAAUGUGUGUCAAAACAAAUAAAGGGGAAAGGCAUCAUUGGCUCAAACCCCACAACUGGGGCCCCCUGUGAUAUAAGUGUCUAUGGCAAUAAAAAGCUUGGAGACAGCAAGACGAGAGUUGGAGCUUUGCCCUCGCUAGGUCGGGCAUCAGCUGACUUCAAGCAACAAACAACAAGAGAAGAGCAACAAACGGAUAUAGACGCUCGCACUAAAAAUACUCAAAGUUCAUGGUCAACGUCCUGCCCGGGGGGUGCGAGAUUUUGCUGUUGUCAUCUAACUAUGGCGUUGCUACGCUGCUGCUUUGAGCCACCAGAAUUGCCCGAGUUCUUCGACAGCUUCGUGCAAAAAUGCACCGAUCCCAGUUGUUGCUGCGGGUGCUGCUCGGCGCUGCGGCCGCGCUACAAGCGACUGGUGGACAACAUCUUUCCGGUGAACCCGGAGGAUGGGCUGGUCAAGUCGAACAUGGAGAAGCUGACCUUCUACUCGCUCAGCUCACCCGAUAAGCUUGACCGCAUUGGCGAAUAUCUCUACCAGAAGGCCACCAAGGACAUCAACCGCAAGCGCUACAAGCUGGCAGAGAUCGCCAUGGAGGCAAUGGACUUGUUGCUGCAGGCCUGUCACGCCCAGACCACUCUCAACUUGUUCGUGGAAUCGUUCCUGCGGAUGGUGCAGAAGCUGCUGGAGGAUAAUAAUCCGAAUUUAAAAAUCAUGGCCACCAAUUCGUUUGUCAAGUUCGCCAACAUAAACGAAGACACGCCCUCGUACCAUCGACGCUACGAUUUCUUCAUCUCAAAGUUUUCGUCGAUGUGCCACAGCGAGGGCAAGGAUCUGAGGGAUAGCCUGCGGCUGGCGGGCAUCAAGGGACUGCAGGGCGUCAUACGAAAGACCGUGUCCGAUGAUCUGGUGGAGAACAUCUGGGCGGCACAGCACAUGGAGAAGAUUGUGCCCUCGCUGCUGUUCAAUAUGCAGUUUUGUGUAAACGUUAUGUUCGUGAAGAAAAAUUUACUGGCGUCUGGCGACCUCACGCCCGUCGAAGAUGCCACUAAUGUGACGCCACCAGCACUGGCCGAGGAAGUGCUCCGGGAGCUGGUCGGGCGCGCAUCGUUCGGACACAUUCGGAGCGUGCUCAAGCCGCUGCUGACUCACCUCGAUCGGCAUGAGCUUUGGGUGCCAAACACCUUUGCCAUUCACACGUUCCGUAUUGUGAUGAUCUCGAUUCAGCCGCAGUACUCGUACACUGUGGUGGAGACGCUGAUGCAGCACCUGGACAGCAACUUCAAGUCCUCGCCCAAGACGCGCACUUCCCUGGCGGUGGUGCUGUCGAAGAUCAUUGCCAUUGCGGCCGGCGAAAGCGUAGGACCCUCGGCCCUGGACAUCAUCAACAAUCUGCUGACCCACUUGCGCACAAGCGUAAGCACCACCACUGAGAUCACCGCUGAGGAGUCUCAGUACCAGGAGGCGCUUAUAAAUGCACUGGGAGAGUUUGCAAACCAUCAUCCCGACUACCAGAAGAUCGAGAUAAUGCUGUUCAUCAUGAACACGGUGCCGGACCCCUCUAAGAAGAGCAAGGGCGACCAGAUGUUGCAGAACAUUCUGCUCAAGUCGCUGCUUAAGGUCGGCACCCAGUACAGCACGGUGUCCUUCGAGAAGGCCUUCCCCGCUUCGUUCCUGCAGCCACUGCUGAAGAUGGCCCGUGCGCCCCAUGAUCCAACGCGCUUGAUUGUCAUGCAGAUCUUCCAAGCACUCCUGGAUCGCCACCAGAACGAUCAGGUGCUCAGUAGUGUCAGUGUGAAGCCAUAUCCGGCCCUUUCCCAGGAGCCGCCCUCGCGCUCUGACAUAAUUUUCACGCACAAGCACGGAGCCCACAUAAUGCAGGCGCUCAUUGAUAGCAUGGCCCUUUCGGAGCGCGUCGACGCACUGUCCGCCAGCUACAACACCGCCGCCCUGCUCAUUGUGGAGAUGUCCAGCAGCGAGACAGUGCAGGAGUUCCUGCUGUUUAUCCUGGGCAUUCAAGAGGUGGCCAACACAGUGGAGACCUUGGGAGCCGUGCACAAGUGCAAUUUGCACGCCAUUUCAAUUGCAUUGCUGGUGCUCAUCUCGCGUGUUAGUGGCAUUAACAAUUUGCUGGAGUAUGCCCAGAAGAUUGUUGAUGCGCGUCGCGAGGAGGCCACCUACUAUCUACCCCCGCUGCUGGAGUCCAAGAAGGUCGCAUCGAAGAGCCUGAAUCUGUCGCUGCCACACCUAGCAAUCGACAAGCUGGCGCUGGGCGAGUGUCUGCAAAAUGCUGGCAUGGAUGCCCAGCGUCUCAAUACGGGCGCUCCCUAUACGCUCAACCAAACGGACAAUCCCGGCCACCGCCAUUCCUGGGUGGAGUCGGUGAGCCAUUUGACGCAGCGCAACAGCUCGGCGGAUCUAACGGUCUACAAUGGGGAUGUGGACAGCGUGAGCAGCUCGCCGGGCGUAUGCAAGAAGAUACUGGCGCCCGAAUUCAACUUCGACGCAAUGAAACGGGCUCUAGCCGAGCCCACGGAGGCUGCUAAGCGGGAGCUGCGCGAGCGACAAAUGCAAAUCGUUCGCACCUUCCGCGAAGGCGAGUUCGAUGAUCUUGUGAGACGCACAGAACCGAAGCACGAUCUCAUCCAGAACCGCCUCAACGAGCUGUUCAAUUCGCUGGCCGUGGAGCGUCAGAUAUCGCAAAGCGACAGCAAGGUGGCCCAGCUGCAGGGCAGCAACGAAAAGCCCAUCUACGAGACAAACUUUCCAGAAUUAUUCUAUUACUAAUCUGUAUUACUGUGAACCCCCCUCCGGCGAAUAUUCUGUACUCAAUUAUGCAUAUGAUGAUGGCUGCAAAAGCGAAUUUGUUUGGUGUCAGUAGAUAAAUUUAAUUACAAAUUUCCGUUGUUAAAUGCUAA